GUGAAACUUAAGAUCAGUAGCUAAAUAUCAUCUUAAAAGUACUCCUAACAACUCGUACUUAUGGUAAGACAGUUUCCCAUUAGAUAUGGCCGUCGUCCUCUAUACUAUCCUUAUUACCCUACGUACGGCGGCUCUGCCCCCUUGUGUUCAGACGAAUGACCUCACGGCGGCGGCGGCGGCGGCGAAACAAUAAUUAAUGAAACAACAACGUUGGCGAAGAAAUUCAAGGCCCUGUGCGGGCGUUGGACUGAGGACUGACAGCUCGGCGAAGACUUUUCGCGUCGAUUAGACGGAUGAUUAUCUCUUAACUAAUGGGCUGGAUUUAUUAACUAAGCAAACGGUAGUUAAGAACGAGGAAGAUUAACCCGAUCGACGUGUAAUUUGUUGUCGUUUCUCGUGUGAACUAACGCCAUCGUCAUCCUCUCCACUAAUAUGACACGUGCAGGGGAUUUAAUCAAAAGCAUUGGAGUGGAGAUAAUCUGUUGUUUUUUGAUGAAACAAGAACAGCUUGUUAUUAUGUUCUUCGUAAGAGUUGUCAAAGCUUUGGACUGGAAAAGAGUCACAAUUUCACACCACGAAUUCAGCUGUCUCUAGCUUAGCUUAGUACGCAUGAGAUAUGGACGGCACUCCGUCGGCAGUGUGUGCGUUGAAUGUGUCAGUAACGGUUGGAUGUCCCUAGACGGCGAAACUAAGGUCAGAAAGUGACGAAAAUAUUCACCGGAAGAAGAAGGUAAAGCUUAAAAUGGCGUUUACUGUUUAGUUAUUAAGAGUUGACCAAUACACGAUCUAAAUGCAUCCCGACGAAGUUGACAUUCAAGAUUUAGUUUGAUUUGGUUUUGAUUGUACGUAAAAAAAAAGGUUGGGUUACAUUGAGAUCGAUUUCAUGUUUGAUUUUCUUCAUUACAUAAAAUUAGAAGAAGAGCGACUCAAAAUCGUAUUUUAAAAUUACAAUUACUCUAACGUCCCGAUCGCAAUAUUAUCCGGCCCGACUUUUCUACGUACAAUCAAAACUAAAUCAAACUCAAUCUCGAAUAUUAAAUUCGUUGGGAUGCAUUUAGAUCAUGUAUUGGCCCACUCUUAAUCAGCAAAGGGGGAAUGCUAACUAAACAUUAAAGAAGUUUGAAAAUGAAGGAUUAUUUAGAGAUGUAACAGUAAGAAACGAGCAAAUCAAAACAUGGUAUUGCCGAAGAAGAUCAAUCGCAAAACAUUUUGUAAUUUGGAACCUAACUCCCUCGUAUAGCCCGGGAAAAGAGUUGCUGUUUUCCCUAGCAAAGAAUUCUGGAAAUGGGCCUUGAUCUAUUUUGAAAAUGGACUUCCACUUAAGGGCUCGGGCCCGUUGGCACCUGUGCUGUCAGCUAAUUUCUUACAUUUAUGAAAGCAUCAGCGGAAAAUUCCUCAUGGGCUCAUAUAAGAACGCUGUUGUUAGGGCCCGAUCCAUUUGGAAGCCCAAGGAGGAGAAUGAUGCGGAUAAUCAAAACAUGCAAACGAGUUAAUCGGGCAGAUUGCAGAGAUUAGUGGUUUUACACACAUUAAGGAGCCGUAAUUGGCCGAAGAAAUCCACCGUCCUCUAUAAAUUGGAGUCCCCCCCGUUUGGCGCUCAAAUCAUUUGGACGGUUUCCUUUGAAAGUCAAAAUGCAGUCGUCGUCCCCAACAGUGAGCAAAAGAGAGCUGCUCUUCCCGCAAAUUCGAAAACAACAGUCUCCGGCAAUUGACAUGAGGACGACGCUAGGGUCUCCGAGCACGAGGAGCUUCGAUCAUCUGAAGCCGCCGUCGGGAUCCGGCAAGAAUUUCUCGUUCUCGUCGCCGCGGCCAGCUUCCGAUAACCAGAUGUCCUUGGGGAACUUCACGAAUCCGAAGUCCGCUGCAGAGAAGUUAGUGAAGGAGCAAGUGCCGGUGAAAAUGGAGCUGGAAACGGCGAACAAUAAGCUUAAGAAGUCGAUCGAGAAUGUCCGUUCGCUGGAGGAAAAGUUGCAGAACGCGUUUAAUGAGAAUCUAAAGCUGAAAUUGAAGCAGAACGAGAAUGAGAAGCUGUGGGAAGGAUUAGAGUCUAAGUUUGCUUCAACGAAAUUGUUCUGUGAUCAACACUCUGCAAGUUUACGCCAAUUAUCUGGACAGGUUGAGCUUGCUGAAAAGGACACGGAGUUCUUUCAGGGCAAAUUAUCAGCAAACUCGAAUGCUAUUGACAAGUUGAGCCUACAACUCAAUGAUCUGUUUCUGAAAUUGUCAUCCACUGAGGGAACUCUUGCAACACGAGAGAAGGAGUUGGCAGAUCUUAGAACUGAAAAGGAGGAAGUGAGUAAAGUUUUUGUAGGGGAGAAGGGGAGACUUACUAAGCUGAUCGAGGAUCAAGAUGGCAUGCUGAAGCAGUUUGAAGCGUCCCUGACAGCAAAAGGAUUGGACUUGGAGUGCCUGAACUCUAAACUGGAAAGCAUGCACCUUGAACUGAAGUUGAAGGAAGAUGAGAUAAACAAUUCUUCCAUUGCGGUCCAGAAUUUGGGGGAAGAAAAGAGUGACCUCCAACUGAGCAAUGAGAAAUUGGCUAAUGAAUUGGCUACAGCACUUCAGGAGAUUAUGAAGUUAGAGAACUUUGUUAAUGUGCUGACCGCUCAGUUAGUUGAACUGGACGAGCAAAGUUUGAGUUUCACUGACAACUUCAAUCGUCUGAGCUCACUCUAUGAUGCUUCCAUUGAGUUGGCUCAACGAGAGAGUGCCCUUGUUUCCAAGCAUGCUCAAAAGCAGUACAAUAUGCUCCACAACAAAUUCUUGGAAACAACAUCUGAAAUGGAGGCACUGCAACUGACAAAUACGGAGCUGAACUCUAAGAUCCCCGAGCUCGAGAAAGCACUAGAGUCUCUCAGGGAAAAGCUUGCUGAGGAGCAAUGGUCUGCAGUUGAAAAAAUUAACAAGCUGGAGUCUGAGGCUGAAACACUACUCUUAAAGAAGGAUGAAGCCGUGAUGCUGGUUUCAAAAUUAGAGGAGAAAACUAAAGCUCUAUCAGAAAGCUCAAGGUCAUCUGAGAAUGAAACGAAAGAACUACUGCUGAAAAUGGCUAAGUUGGAAGAGGAAAACAGAGGCACCAUAGAACAAUUACAGGGGGAAAUACAAAAGAAGUUGGAUGAAAUUGAUAAUCUGAAGAAGGAAGCUCAGGAACAUGACCAAGAAACGGAUUAUUUGACGCAGAAAGUUGAUGAACUUCUGAAUGUUGUACAAGAAAAGGAAGAACUUAUUCUGCAAGUUAAAGAGAGGGAGAAGAAUUUGGAAGAUAAAAUCAACGAGAAUCAAGCCUCAUUGACUGCAGCUGAUGGCAGACUGGCAGAAGUAAAGAAACAAUAUGAAAUGAUGCUUGAGAGUAAACAACUGGAGUUGUCUAGACAUCUGAAUGAAAUUUCUCUUAGAAAUGAUCAGGCAAUUACUGAAAUCCGGAGGAAGUACGACGAAGAGAAGCUGGAAAUCAUUAACACGGAAAAGGAGAAGGUGAAUAAACAACUACAGGACAUGGAAAGAAACUGCGAACUGAAACUUUCCGAACAGAAGGAGGAAUCAAAGCAGCAACUUGUGCGUAUUCAAGAAGAGCAUGCUGCAAUGAUUUUACAAAUCAAGCAGGAUAAUGACAACAAGGAAACUAGUCUUAAAGCUCGCCACAGUGAGGAGCUGAAGCGUGCCGAAUCUGAAGCUAAGCAUGCAGAAACAGAGAAAAUAGCGUCGCUAAGAAGUGAGCACGAGGCUCAAAUGAAAACUCUGAGAAGCCAGUAUGAAGAUGUGGGAAGGAAGCUACAGGACGAGUUGGAUCUCCAAAGGGACAAGGAAGACAAGCAGAGGGCUUUGCUGGAGAUGCAGUUGAAAGUGAUGAGCAACAAUAGAGGAGCUGAUCAAGAAGUGAACUCUAACAAGGAACACUCCGUUUCAUCAGUCCAGAUGUUAGACCACCGAAAGAUCAGAAAAAGUCCAAGAUCACUGGCAAGGCCGGAGAGUGCUAAGAGAGGAAAGGCAAUGGGUAUCCCCAUGCAUACCAAGAAGGUCUCCCGCCCGGAGUAUGAGUUUGAGACUGCCGAUGGUGCAACAAUUGCAAAGCGCAGAAAGACAAAAACUACAGCCGUGCUCGAGGGUCCUGUGAAGCAUAGUAAGAGGGGCACCCCCAAGGCUGUUAUUACUCCUAGAACUGCACUCAAGCGAAUCAAGGGCUCUGCUGCUACCCAGCCGCAUCGUCCUUCGAACAUAGGAGAUCUGUUUUCCGAAGGAUCACUGAAUCCAUAUGCAGACGAUGAUCCCUACGCUUUUGUUUAGAUGCCUUCUUUUCUCUGGCCAAUCAUCGACUGUUGCACACUGUUUUGUUUUGUCAGGUAACAUUACCACUUACCAUAUACACCACUCUUCAUCUGUCAUUUCCUCUCCCGAUCUUCUGCAUUCUUACAGUGCCUUUCCGUAUCCAAUCUGAUAACCAAUUGUUGCUCGUAUGUCGCGAUUGUGCUUGCUUGCUUGCAGCUAAUAGUAGACCACCCGAGAGAGGUUGAACUUGAACUCUAACUAAGCGGUGAGAACUUACCAUUGUGUUUCAUAUAGGGGACCCUUACAAGCAUUUUGUUGCAACGUGCACAUAGGAACCUUACAAGCAUUGUGUUCCUUACACCAUUGCUAGUCUGCUUGGUGUAGCUUUCAGCAGUUCAUCCGUAGACCGUAAAUAAACAGACUGUUGUGCUUCUGCUAUAGUGCUAUUGCUAUCGUAAAUGACUGUACAUAGUGUUGCUUGUAAUUUUGUAUUGUCUUACUCUUUACAUGCACGACUCAGACGAAAAACAGAAGGGACGUUUCAAUACAAUUUUUCUUUUGUCUAUAAUACAAAAAUAUUCCAUCUUGUUCUUUUGGAUACAGAAAGUAGCAUGAAUGGGCUAUAGCCUAUAGCCCAAAGCUAUUAUGGUUCUUAUGGCCCACCCUAAAAGCCCAAAGUUAGGCAAUGACGGUAGUAUGACCUAAUAUAUAUAACUGUUUCGGGCUUCGGCGAUUGCAUUCAUGCAACAGAGUGAGAACUGAGAAGAAAACCCGGGCGACUGUAACCCCUUCGAGUGGCCGCCGGGACCAAUCGCCGAUAAACGUUACUACGAGUU